UCAUCUCUCAGGGCUUCCCAGGGCUCAGAGCAAGGCAGUGAGGUCCUCUCUACCCACCCUACCUUGGUUUGGCCAUGCAACUUGCAAACCAUAGCCAUCAAAACCCAACUUCUUUCCUGCUCAUGGGAAUUCCUGGCCUAGAGGCAUCCCACUUUUGGAUUGCAUUUCCUUUCUGCUCCAUGUAUGCCCUGGCAGUGCUCGGCAACAUGGUGGUGCUGCUGGUGGUAUGUUCUGAGCCUGCACUGCAUCAGCCCAUGUACCUGUUCCUAUGCAUGCUGUCCACCAUCGACCUGGUACUCUGCACCUCCACUGUGCCCAAGCUCCUUGCACUCUUCUGGUCGAAUGCUGCUGAGAUUGCCUUUGGGGCCUGUGCUGCCCAGAUGUUCUUUAUCCAUGGUUUUUCAGCUGUAGAAUCUGGUAUCUUGCUAGCAAUGGCCUUUGACCGAUAUUUAGCCAUCUGCCGGCCACUGCAUUAUGGGUCAUUGCUGCCCCCAGAGUCUGUGGGCAAGCUAGGGGCUGCUGCUGUGCUUCGUGGCUUGGGACUCAUGACCCCACUCACCUGCUUACUGGUAAGGCUGAGCUACUGCAGCCGAGUGGUGGCUCACUCCUACUGUGAGCACAUGGCUGUGGUGAAGCUGGCUUGCAGGGGUACACAGCCAAACAAUGUCUAUGGCAUCACCGCUGCCACACUGGUGGUGGGCACUGACUCCAUCUGCAUUGCUGUCUCCUACACACUCAUCCUCCGGGCUGUGUUAGGACUCUCCUCCAAGGAGGCAAGGGCUAAGACCUUUGGCACUUGUGGCUCCCACCUGGGUGUCAUUCUUCUCUUCUACACUCCAGGGCUCUUUUCAUUCUACACACAGCGCUUUGGCCAGCAUGUGCCCCGGCACAUCCACAUCCUUCUGGCUGACCUCUACCUUGUCGUACCACCCAUGCUCAACCCCAUCAUCUACGGCAUAAAGACUAAGCAGAUCCGGGAUGGGGCUCUCCGACUGCUGAAGCAGGGCCCUGCUCAGUCAUAA